AUGAUUCCAUCGCGCACAUCCCACUCCUCCUCCAUCGGCCCAGGCGUCGUCCCGAGAGGCGCGGACCCCGCAUACGACGAAGAAGUCAAACGCGAGUACGAUUUACGGAAAAAUAUACCUCAUCUCGGGAAAGGAUCGAAAGGGAGACCGUUCUCGAUCGAUCCCAACGUCGGGGUGAUGACGAGGACGCAAACGCCGUACGUGACCGGCACGUCCGUUCUCGCGGUCAAGUACAAAGACGGCGUCUUGAUGGCGUGCGAUACGCUCGCGUGCUACGGGUCGACCAAACGGUACAAAAGCAUUCAACGGAUGAAACUGGUCGGGAAAUAUACAGUUGUUGGGUUUACGGGAGAGUUAUCGGAUUUUGAUUACAUUUCAACCUUGUUGGACGAGUUGGAGAUGACGGAUUUCUGUCAAGACGACGAGUGUCCGAGAACGCCGAAGGAGAUUUAUAACUACCUCGUUCGCGUGAUGUAUAACCGACGGAACAAGUUUGACCCGUUGUGGAACUCGUUAGUUAUCUCUGGGUGGGAUUACGUGGAGAAGAAACCAUUUUUAGGGUGCGUGGGGAUGAUUGGGCAACACUACGUGGACGAUCACGUGGCGACGGGGUUCGGGAACCAUUUAGCGAGACCGCUGUUUAGAGAGAGUUGGAAGGAGGAAAUGACGGAGCAAGAGGCGGAGAAGCUUCUGAAAUCGGCGCUGUUGAGUUGCGUGAUGAGAGAUAAGCAGAUGAUGAACAAGUUUCAACUUUCGAAAAUUACCGCGGAUGGACCCGGGGAGAUUUCCGAGCCGUUUGCGAUUGACACGAGAUGGGGAUACGAGAACUACGUCAAUCCGACCAAGUACGCGCCGGGCGCUUGGUAA